UGCUGUCGCAAUCGACCAAUUGAACCAAGACCGAGAUCAGAUUUGCUAGCUUUAUAAAAUUCAAAAGCUAAUUGGAUUUGAUAACCUGGUUAUGGGCCAGACCAGACACAUGUGCGGAUGGGCCAGCAACAAGACAAAACACUGCACCGUUGUACGGUGCAAUCGUGGCAAGCCGGCAUGGCACCACGCAAUGUCACCGGCGAUCUCUCUGAGGCCAUCUCUUCUCUCUCUCUCUCCUUCCCUAUCCGAACGCAAGCCAAAAUGAUUCCCCCGUUCUCCUAGCUUCCAAGUGAAAAACCACAAUUAAUUAACGCCUACACUUGUCCAUUUGGUAUCUGAUCCUUCUUUCCCUUCUCCUCUUUCUCACCAUCAAAUUCAAUUCUCCAACACAACAUCUGUAUAUGCUUUCCUUUCCCCGUGCAAACACCACAUCUUACUUGCCACCCUCUCCUACUCUUCCUCCAGCAGUCCCAUCCCAUGCUACGGAGUACAACCUUAUAUCGUCACCACUUCACACCUGGAAACACAGAAAGGACACGGCGCAAAGGAUCACCAUAACCUUGGGGCACCGCUUAUUAGCCCCCAGCAAGGCAGCAAGAAGGGUGUGUUGCCGAUGGGAUCGUGUGUGGCGCUACGGGCGCUGGCGCUUCUGUGGGUGGCCGCGGCGUACCCGGUGCUGUUCCGGGCGCGGCCGGUGGAGGCGCUGGCGGCGAACUGGGGCACCCGCGCGUUGCACCCGCUCCCCGGGGACAUCACGGUGCGGCUCCUGCGGGACAACGGCUUCGACAAGGUGAAGCUCUUCGAGGCCGACCCGCCCGCGCUCCAGGCCCUAGGCCACUCGGGCAUCCAGGUCAUGAUCGGCCUCCCCAACGAGCUCCUCACCCCUGUCGCCGGCAGCGUCAAAGCCGCCGAGCAGUGGGUGCUCCAGAACGUCUCCAACUACAUCUCCAAGUACGGCGUCGACAUCAGGUACGUGGCUGUGGGCAACGAGCCGUUCCUCAAGUCGUACAAGGGCAAGUUUGAGGCGGCCACGCUGCCGGCGGUGAAGAACGUGCAGGCGGCGCUCGUCAAGGCCGGCCUGGGCAAGCAGGUGCGUGUCACCGUCCCGCUCAACGCCGACGUCUACGACUCGCCCGACGGACGCCCCUCCUCCGGCGACUUCCGCCCGGACAUCUCUGGCCUCAUGGUCAGACUCGUCCGCUUCCUUCUCGACAACAACGGCGUGCUCUCCAUCAACAUCUACCCCUUCCUCUCCCUCCAAGCCGACCCCAACUUCCCCGUCGACUACGCCUUCUUCCCGGCGCCCGGCGCGCCUCCAUCGCAGGCCAGCGUCCAGGACGGCAACGUGCUCUACUCCAACGUCUUCGACGCCAACUACGACACGCUCAUCGCCGCGCUCGAGAAGCACGGCCUCGGCGCCAUCCCCGUCGUUGUCGGGGAGAUCGGAUGGCCCACCGACGGCGACAAGAACGCCAACGCCGCCAACGCGCAGCGGUUCAACAAGGGCCUCUUCGACCGCAUCCUCGCCGGCAAGGGCACCCCGCGACGCCCGCAGAUGCCCGACGUCUACAUCUUCGCGCUGCUCGACGAGGACGCCAAGAGCGUCGACCCGGGCAACUUCGAGCGCCACUGGGGCGUCUUCAACUACGACGGCUCGCCCAAGUACCAGCUCAGGCUCGGCAACGGCCGCCCCAUCGUGCCGGCCAAGGGCGUCCGCUACCUAUCCAAGCAGUGGUGCGUGCUCCGGCCGGACGCAAGCCCCGCCGGCCCGGCCAUCGGCAGCGCCGUCGGGUACGCGUGCCAGUACGCCGACUGCACCAGCCUUGGCCCCGGCUCGUCGUGCAGCGGCCUCGACGUGCGCGGCAACGUAUCCUACGCGUUCAACCAGUUCUUCCAGGCGGCCAACCAGCAGAAGGCCUCCUGCAACUUCAACAACCUCUCCAUCAUCACCACCACCGACCCGUCCAAGGGAACCUGCCGCUUCGAGAUCAUGAUCGACAACGGCAAGCACGAGCUCACCGGGAAGCCGAACGCCGGCAGCAGGGCCACCGCCGCUUGGAGCACUGUGUUAACGCUAGGCUUUGUCGGCCUUAUUAUGACCGCGUGGUGAGACGAGUACAUUGCUACAAACUAGAAGGGUCAAUUCUUUUUUUAAAAAUCUGACCAAAGGGUGGGAUUAUGCAUGAUGGUAAAUUCCCAUUUACUAUUGUGAUUAUUGGCAAGGGUAGGUUCAGUUGCUGGCAAAGGGAUUAUUGUAUUGUUUGGAGGAAUUGUUGAAGCUGAUUAUUUCUGAUGCAUAUAUACACGACAGAGAUGUUGAU